AUGGCAUGGCUUUGGGGGGCAGCCGCAUCUGGCAGCCUUACUAUUGAGGGCCGAGAGGUGGUUCAAGAGACUCUUAUUGCUGACGGUGGCUUCGCCUACGUGUACAGGGGCCGCGAGGUCCGAACAGGCGAGCCACUGGCGAUCCGUCGCGCGCUGCUCCAGGACUCCGAGGCACAUCAAGCGGCACGGCUGGAGCUCUCGCUGCUGCGUCGGUUGCCACACCACUUGCACGUUGUCCGCUUUUUGGGCGGUGAGAUCCUCGAAGGCGGAUCUGGCGCAGCUUCAUCGAAGACGCAGGCGGUCUCGCUUUUCGAGCUUUGCACAGGAGGGACCUUGUUCUCAAGGCUGGACAGCGUGGUGGACAAGGCCCAUGAAAAUGCAGGCUUGCCUGCCGAGAAGUGCGUCUGUCCUUGUCUCCCAGAAGAGGAGGUCUUGGCAGUGCUUGGAGCUGGCGCGGGCGCGCUGGCGCACCUGCACCAUCACCGCAUGAUUCACUACGACGUCAAAAGCGAGAACUUGAUGUUGGGUGCUGAUGGCUUGUGGAAGCUGGGCGACUUCGGGUCGGCGAGUGAACGAACGUUCGACUUCUCUGGAGCACCUCGGAAGCUGGUCUUGGAGGCGGAGGAGUUUGUGCAUGGCCGGUGCACAUCCAUUUACCGGGCACCGGAGGUGGCCGACGUCCAUCUAAGAUGGCCGAUUGGCCCAAAGGCAGAUGUUUUCGCACUUGGCUGCGUCCUAUACGCUUGCCUUGCCGGCGUGCACCCUUUCCCCAUGGAUUCUCUGCUCGCCAACAUCCAGGCGCGCUUCCACCUCCCCGCUGCAGCGGAAACCGCGUAUUCUGCAGACGUCAUCAGGUGGCUGCACGGUUCUUUGCGCCGGGCUCCUGAGGAGCGCCCGGCGGCAGCGGUCAUUGCUGCCGAGGUUGCAGAGUUUGUCUCAACUGGACGCGUGACAUCCAGGGAGCCAGCAAAGGAGGAUGAGGCACCUCCGUCAGUGGAGCCUGAGUGGGUUGCCGACUUUUCGCACAUGCCUCCCGUUGCUGGUCAUGAAGCAGACGCAGAGGCUCUGAGCAUUGCAGCCGCGACCGACAAGGCGGUCGCCGACACCACGGCCUCGGUCACAGUGGACGUGCCUGCAGAGCUGGAGCAAGGGCCUACUGCAGAGGCAGCGCCCACGUUGGACACGUCUGAAGGUGAUGUUCCGGACGAGGGCACACAUCCCUUGCCAAACCAGUCUUCCAUGGGUCUGACGCGGCCAGCACUGCAGAGCGAGUCGAAGUGGAAAUCCGAGGUGCGGGUGAGCUCAAGCGCUGCGCAGCCAACUCAGGGCAAGCCUGCGCGUGCCCGACGCUCCUUCCCAUGUUUUUGCGCCAGCGUGCGUACGCGGGACUAA